AUGACAGUUGAGGACAGCUCUCCUCUUAUCACUUAUUUACCGGCAGGUUCCUGGACUGAUACACCCUCUAACGACCCACUUGCAUCUUCUUAUUCAGGCGGCUCGUACCAUACUUCGGCGGUGCAGGGAGCAACAGCUACGAUAACGUUCACUGGGACUGGACUAUCGAUAUUUGGAGGUCGCAGGUCGAACUAUGGUACCUACAGCCUUAGCGUAGAUGGGCAAACCGUUUCAAAUGGCAAUGCACAAUCAAAUGACCCCUCCACUCAACAAUUACUUGGAACCGUAUCUCGCCUUCCUUAUGGACAACACACCGCAGUCUUGACGAAUACCGGUAGUAACCCAAUUGACAUUGACUGGGUCGACUUUGAAGCCCAAAUUGGAACAUCUGGCACCGUCAUUAAGAAGACAUUUGAUGAUAACGACUCAGCAAUUCAAUAUUUACCUUCACCUUCAGAUUGGCAGACGAAUCAGAAUUCGGCCUUCGCUGAUGGCACACUUCACUUUUCAAGUACUGCUGGGGCUUCGGCCUCCAUUACCUUCUCAGGGGAUGCUGUCGCCGUCUAUGGUACAGUUUCCCCCGACCAUGCCAACAUUCGAAUGACUCUGGACGGACAAUCACAACUUAUGCCAGGAGGUUCAGGUGGCAUGGCAUCUGUGGUCCAUCCUCAAUGGUACAAAAGCGACCUAGGUCCUGGACAACACACUCUGGUGCUUUCCGGUGAUGUUCAAAGUAACACUGGUCCAUUUAUUGACCUUGAUUCCAUCAACGUGUUUGACACCACCUCUUCUGCGACGACCCCAAGUGUCACAACUACCGAGAGUUCUGUUGGGCCCAAUUCAAGUGCUACCGCCGUGGCGGCGGCCCUUCCAAGUUCUUCAACGACUGCCCCGGCAUCCGAUUCGUCAAAGUCUGGCAUGUCAACUGGGGCAACCGUUGGCAUUGCCUUCGGAACGUUAAUCGCCGUUAUCUUUCUUGUUGGCCUCCUCGGAUUUCUUCUGAAACGCAGGCGGAACAACGCGAAGACCAUUGAGAAAUCGAUGAUAGCUGUAUCUCCAGUCUUACCAAUGCAAAGGGAUCCAAGAGCAAUGGAGGCAGGUAUGAUGAAGUCGCUUGAAAAUCCGGUGUUUCCUCUCCCUCCGCCUCGGGCGUCGUUGCGUCAUUCGAUUGCGCCGAGCUAUUAUAGUGAUCCUCAAUUCAGCGGUCACUCAAGGGAUGCGAGUAUGAGGUCCGACAAAUCCACGACGCCGUUAGUUCCGCCCAUUCCUACGAUUGUGGUGAGCGAACCACAACAACAGUCACGUUUCGCUUCCAGGAAACCUCCUCCCACUAAUUCGGGUCUGAACGUCAACGGUAGUCCGGCUAGGCCGAACAAGCGACCACCUACAUUGGACUUUGUGAUCAUGGAGAACUGA